CCAAUUCUCACCAACAAAACUCGCUUGGGGCUCACACCGACGGCACAAUGGUGAUGAACAAGAGCAGCAAGAUGCUCAACUACAUCAACUACCGCAUGAAGGUGACACUGGCCGACGGACGGACGCUGGUUGGUACCUUCAUGGCAUUUGACAAACACAUGAACUUGGUGCUCGGGGACUGCGAAGAAUUUCGAACGCUCAAGAACAAACUCAAGGGUGCCGCUGCCUCCGUCAAGGAAGAGCGAGUUCAGAAGCGUAUGCUGGGCUUGGUGCUUCUCCGUGGCGAAAACGUCGUGUCGUUGACGGUGGAAUCCCCCCCUCCUGCGCAUGAAGCAGAAGGGUUGGGCAACAUGGGUCCUGGCUUUGGUCGGGCGGCAGGUCGCGGAUUGCCUGCUGCGCCCAUUGGCAUUCCCAUGGGCUUGGCUGCCCCCAUGCGUGGAGUUGGCGGUCCUGCUGGCAUGCUGCAGCCUGGUCAAGCAACUCGAGUUGGCAAAGAAGUCGAUGGCAUCUCAACCCCUUCCACGUGAUUGCAAGGAACAGAUAACAGACAAGCUUCACAGCUUGGUUGACGCUCCAAACUUACUACCAAAAAACUUACUACGAUUGAUCUUAGUAUGAUGGAAGAGGGCCAUUCCGUUACUCUCAACGUCGUUGCGAGUGCUGCCAUGGCCAUCCGAUCGUUCUAACCAUCUCACACCGCUUUCUGUGUUCUAGUGGCUGCCCAAGCUCCGGCACAGUCUUAUGGCCGUGGUAUCCCUCCGCGAGGGCCUCCCCCUGGGAUGCUUCCUCCGCGCGGUCCACCGCCACCGGGCAUGUACCCUCCUGGAAUGAUGCCUCCUGGAAUGAUGCCUCCUGGCAUGCUUCCUCCAGGAAUGCGACCCCCCCCAGGGCUUAGCAUGCCGCCGCCUCCAGGUGGCCCUCCAAUGAUGCGUCCUCCUCCGGGCCAAUAAUUACCAAACCCAUUGUUUUUCAACGUG